UAUCGCAAAUAAUUAUGCAUAUCCUGGAACUGUUCGGUUUGUUUCUUCUAGGCAAGUUCCCGGGUAUAAUUUUAAUUGGCCGACCAAACAAGGGAACUCCGGGUGUGUUUUCGAUUGGCCACUUCUCUCUCAAGCGUUUUUUUUUUAACUAGCUAUGUUGCUAGGAAACAAAUGAUGCGCAAGAUUGUUCUGCAGUCUAUCACACACGUCGAUAAAUAAUGUCCUGUUCAGUUUUACUGGAUAACAACGCCAAGCCGAAGUCCAUGAGCCGAGCAAAGCAGUGGACAGGAGAGAUUGAGAACCUGUACAGAUUUCAGCAAGCUGGAUACAGAGAUGAGCUGGAGUACCGACAGAUCAAACAAGUCGAGAUUGACCGUUGGGCGGACACUGGGUUUGUGAAGAAGCUUCAGCGUCGAGAUAACACAUUUUACUACUACAACAGAAAGCGGGAGUGCGAAGAUCGAGAGGUCCAUAAAGUGAAGGUGUACGCGUACUGACAGCUCCUCGACCCAGCCAGCACUUAUGCCAUUUUCUAUUUUUACGUUUUGUAAUACUGUCUUUAGAAAAUGCAUGAUCAGAGUUAUCCUACUGUAUUCUAAAUGUAAGUCUUGGUACAAUUUUUGAAUAAAACCACUGAUU